AGACCAAAUGACAUUUUGAUUGGCGAAAUUAAUCCGGCGCAAAUUAUUCAUUGUAUUAUUCAUUAAAUAAAAAAUAAAACAUUGAUAAAAUAAUUAUAAUAGAGUAUUUAAUUAAUGCAAUUACAAAGGUAAUAUCAAAUCAUCAACAAUGUCCUUGUUCUUUGUGAAUGCUAAUCAGGACAGUGAAGUGGAGGAUCCAACAGAUUCAAAUGGAGGUCUUCAAAUUGCUUCACCAGACAGUGCUGAUGGACAAAAAAAUUUACUCACAUUUUGGCCAACAGUUGCUGAAGAAAUUAAAAAUAUUAAAAAUAUGGAUUUAAAAACUCAAUCAUUGCCAUUAGCAAGAAUUAAAAAAAUCAUGAAACUUGAUGGAGACGUCAAGAUGAUAAGUGCUGAAGCACCAAUGUUAUUUUCAAAAGCUGCUGAAAUAUUUAUACAUGAAUUAACAUUACGUGCAUGGGUACAUACUGAGGAUAAUAAAAGACGUACAUUACAACGUAAUGAUAUUGCAAUGGCAAUAACAAAAUAUGAUCAAUUUGAUUUUUUAAUUGACAUUGUACCACGUGAUGAAUUAAAACAGAGUAAAGCACAAGCUGAUCAAGGUGUACGUACAUCAAUGAAUUCAGAUCAAGUACAAUAUUAUUUUCAGUUGGCUCAACAACAAGCAUCUGCUAAUCAAAAUGUACAAAAUAAUAAUAAUCAACCAUUACAAAUAUUACAACCUGGUACUGGACAAAUACAAACAAUAAAUAUUGGCAAUGCAGUUGAUCAUGAUUCAUCAAAUACAAAUACAAAUCAAACUGUUUCCAUUCAAAAUGCUCAACAAUCUGGUCAACAUCAUGUCAUUCAACUUCAACAGCAACCACAACAACAACAGCAGCAGCAGCAACAACAACAGCAACAAUCAAAUCAAGCUGGAAAUAUACAAAUUUUACAACAAAUUGUAUCACCAAAUGGUGACAUUCAACAAAUACCUAUUCAAUUGACGCCACAACAGUUACAGAUGAUACGAAUGCAAGUUCAAGGUGGAAGCAGUCAACCGAUAAUAAUUCAAGCUCCACUUCAAACACAAACUCAACUAAUACAAGUUGGCCAAGGUGGUCAGGCACCUGUUUACCUGCAAACAAGUAGCAAUGAUAAUGAAUAAAUAAUUCACAAUACUUAAUUAACAUAAAUAAUUAUUAAAUAUAUCAAUAUACGUAAUUAUUUCUUUAAAUAAUAAUUGUAACAAUAUCAAAAAAUUGAAUCAUAAAUAUUUUUAAAAAUAAGUAAGAUAAAUAAUUUUAAAAUAUGUAAUUUUAUGAAUACAUGAAAUAAUUAAAUUAUUUAAAUAAAUUUUAAAAAAAUUUAUAUAUUCUUUAUUUUAAAAAAAAAAAAAACAAAUUG